AAAUUGAACUAUUUUACUGCUAAAUUAAUGUAUAAUGGUGAUUGAUAAGAAAUUAAGUGUAUUAAAAAUUUGGACGGUCUUUAGUAUGGUGUUCAAAAUGAGAGUGAUAAAUUAUACAUUUCUAGUUAUUAUUUUACAAUUACUGGUAAUCCAAAUACAAUCAAAAUGCUAUGAUGGAUACAAAGUUUAUCAGAUUAACACUACAAAUUCCGAUGAUAUUCAUAAGCUGAUGACAAUUGUGGAUGAGGUAAAUGGUACGAGUGUAUGGCAACUAGGAGCACCGUCUGAUGUCUUAGUAGCACCUGAAACACAACAAAAAUUUGUGAAUGCCUUACACAAUAAUUCACUGUAUUAUAUCACAAAAAUUCAUAAUUUAGUCAGGAAGCGAGUAUCUAUUGCGCGAUCAUAUAAGGCGACCAACUUAGAUGAUAUCACUUUUGAUCGGUACUAUAGAUCUUACGAAAUAAACAAUUACUUGGAUAAAUUGGCGGAGAAUUAUCAAAAUUUAACCAGUGUAAUAGAUAUUGGAAACACAUUUGAGAAUCGAACAAUGAAAUUAUUACGUAUUUCAACUGGAGGGAAUAAUUCAAAACCAGCCAUUUUUAUUGAUGGCGGUAUACAUGCACGCGAAUGGAUUUCAACAGCUCAAGUUUUAUAUAUAAUUCAACAAUUGGUUGAAAAUUAUAAAGAAAAUUUUGAUUUAAUUGAAAAUAUUGAUUGGUAUUUAUUACCGCUAAUUAACUAUGAUGGCUACGAGUAUACUUUUGAUUUUGAUCGUUAUUGGAGAAAAACACGUUCUGGCAGCGAAAAUGCCUCGAACGCAUUUUGUAUUGGUGCUGAUGCAAACCGUAAUUUUGAUUUUCAUUUUAAAGAAGAUAAAUUUACGCAACAACGCUGUGUUGAAACUUACGGUGGUGAUCAAGCAUUUUCUGAACCAGAAACACAAAAUAUACGAAAUUUUGCCGAAAAAAUUAAACAGAAUUUAAAACUUUACAUAUCAUUUCAUAAUUAUGGGCAAUCGAUUUUAUAUCCAUGGGGUUAUACAGCAAAAGAAUAUCCAGAAAACAAAGAAGAAUUACAUGAAUUAGCUACUGCUGUUAAAAAGCAUUUAAAGAAAAGGUAUUCAGUUGGUUCAACUGCUAAUCUGAUGUACAUUGCUACGGGAGAAAGUGUUGAUUGGUUUAAAGGAGUACUUGGUGUUCCUUUAACCUACACCAUUGAACUACCUGGAGGUGGAGAGGGUGGGUUUGAUGUACCUGAAGAGGAUAUUAAAGACAUUGUUGAAGAUAUGUUUAAGGGUGUCAAGCAUUUUGCUGAAUAUGUUUCAAAUAAUUAUCCAAGUGAAAGUGAACAGGGAGAGAUUGGUGAAGACUGAUACUAAACUACCUAGAUUAAAAAAAAUAAAGGAAAUAUAAAAUUUAA